AUGAAGCGGCUGGCGGUGCAGCUUACUGGACAACACGCAAAACCAAAUCCAACUCGCCACAACGUUAUGGACCGAUUUGAGCCUGAGCCCGAAGCCAGACCUACACUAUCUCAAGUCCAGAGCUUUCUUUCUCACCACAAGCGAGCUAAGCUGCGGGGAACGGACUUCGUCGAGGAUAUGGAGUGUCUAGCGGCGCGGUACAAGUUCAACGCAUACAUGAGUGACAGCGAUCCUUUCUAUUUGGCUUUGACGUAG